AUGGGGGUUCCGACGGGGGACCCCGCAGGCGCGGCCGCCUCGCCCCGCCUCGGGGAUCCGGGCGGCCCGGGGUGGCGGCCGCGGCUCCACCCGAGUCCCCGGGCGGGAGGGCCCCCCGCCCCGGCCGGCCGGGCCGGCCUCCCUGCCACCGCAGUGGGGCUGCUGCUGCUGCUGAACCUGGGCGCGGCUGUCCAGGACGCGGCCCUGGACUCGGCGGCCGUACGGCUCCUGGGGCCGGGGGAGCUGGGACCAGGCAACACCGUGCAGGUGGUGGCUUACAAGCUGGGGUCGGCGUUGGCUGGCGGGGGGCUGCUGGGCCUUCUGCCCAGCCUGUCCUGGCCUCUGCUCUUCAUGCUGCUGGCCGCUACCUACUGGCUGGCCGCUGGGCUGGCCUGGGCCGCGCCAGCUCUGCGCAGGCUGCCCUGGCCUCCGCCCUCGGGGCCCUCCCACCCCCCGUGGGACGUGAUGGCAGUACCUGGGACCUUGUGGACAGCAGGCUUUGUACUCACCUACAAGCUGGGUGAGCAGGGUGCUGGCAGCCUGUUUCCACUUCUCCUGCUGGACCGAGGAGCUUCUGCCCCGGAACUGGGGCUGUGGAACAGCUUUGGUGCCGUGGUGUGCUCCAUUGCUGGCUCUGCCUUGUGUGGGGCCCUCCUAACCAGGCACUGGCAGCCACUUUCCCUGCUCAAGUCAGUGCUGUGGCUACGGCUUGGGGGCCUGGCCUGCCAGACGGCCCUGCUCUUCCAUUUGGAUGCCCCAGGGGCCAGCCUGGCCACUGGCACGGCCCUGAGCAGAAUGGCCUUGCUGAGCCUGUGUCUGCAGCAUUUCCUGGGGGGCCUGGUCACCACAGCCACCUUCACCAUGAUGAUGCACUGCAGCCAGCUGGCACCCAGGACGCUGCAGGCCACACAUUACACCCUCCUCGCCACCCUGGAGCCUGGCAAGCUGCUGUUGGGUGCCCUGGCUGGAGUGCUGGCCGACAGCCUCGGCCCGCACCCCUGCCACAUUCUCUUCCUUACACUCUCAGUCCUACCUCUUCUGGGCCUGGGCCUGGCACCCAGCACCCUGGCCUGGGUCAGAUCACAGGACUGCCAAUAAAUCCCCACACGCAAGGAACAUUAUGAGAUG